ACCCUGAUCGCGUUCGUUGGACCCGAGUCACGUCACAUUUUGAUUGUUUCUAAAACACAGGCAAAAUUGAAACUCUGGGAAUGUAACUAUUUUUCUUUUUUUUCCUCUUCUUUCGGUGUUGGAGCGGGAUGGAUUCGUUGAAUCUGAGCGGCGCGGAAUCGUUCUCCGUGGUUCACAUCAACUCCUCCCUGGACACGGGAUACUCCUUAGCAGCGAUCGCCGGCAUUGCUGCCCUGGUGAGUUUCCUCAUCCUCUUCACCGUGGUCGGGAACAUACUGGUGGUCAUCGCCGUGCUGACCAGCCGCGCACUCAAAGCUCCCCAGAACCUUUUUCUGGUGUCGCUGGCCACCGCCGACAUUCUAGUCGCCACGCUGGUCAUGCCCUUCUCCCUGGCCAACGAACUCAUGGGCUACUGGUAUUUUGGAAAAGUUUGGUGCGGCAUUUACCUGGCGCUGGACGUGCUGUUCUGCACCUCGUCUAUAGUUCACCUGUGCGCUAUCAGCCUGGACAGGUACUGGUCCGUCACGCAGGCGGUCGAGUACAACCUCAAGCGCACACCCAAGCGCGUCAAGUGUAUCAUUCUGAUCGUGUGGCUGAUAUCCGCGUGCAUCUCGUCCCCGCCCCUCGUGCUGAUCGACGGCCACAAUGACCUCAUCGUCGGCUCCCCGCAGCCCCAGUGCGCGCUCAACGACGACACGUGGUACAUCCUGUCCUCCAGCGUGGCUUCCUUCUUCGCGCCGUGCGUGAUCAUGGUGCUCGUGUACGUGCGCAUCUAUCAGGUGGCCAAGACGCGCACGCGGAACAUGUCCGUGAAGAAGCCCCGGUCUGACGUCACAACCACGCAGCAGACGGAGAACGGCCUGAGCAAGGCGACGGCGACGUCGCCGUACCGCGGAGAGCGCGAGAACGGCCGCUGCCAGUGUCCCCCUCCCCCUGCUUCUUCUCCUCUUUCUCCUUCUCCUCCUCCUCCUCCUCCUCCUCCUCCUCCUCCCCCCACUCUGUCCACCCACCCAAGCACCGCUAGCCUCCAGACCCAGACACAGACCCAGACCCAGACCCAGACCCAGACCCCAUCCGGGACCCAGACCCAGACCCCGACCGGGACCCAGACCCAGACCGGGACCCAGACCCGUACAGACGAGGUUGAAAUGGACGAGAGCUCCUCAUCGGAUGAGGGGGUCAAAGGUCAUCACAAAAAGCCUCAAAGCCGCGACGUCAAGACUGCCGGUGCUAACGGCGGCGGCGGUGGCGCCGAGGUCAAAGCAGCGCUGGCGAGCCGCAAGAGCAGCUCCCUGUCCCUCAAACACCCCCUCUCCCGCGCCGGCAACAAGUCCGUGGAGAUCUUCCAGGCGUCCCGGCGGCAGCGGCGGCGGGGGGGCCAGCGGCGUCGGAGCUCGGUGUCCGGGAAGAAGGCCUACCAGGCGCGGGAGAAGAGGUUCACCUUCGUCCUGGCCGUGGUCAUGGGCGUGUUUGUGUUGUGCUGGUUCCCCUUCUUCUUCAGCUACAGCCUGUACGGCGUGUGCCGCGAGGCCUGCCGCAUCCCCGAGCCGCUCUUCAAGUUCUUCUUCUGGAUUGGCUACUGCAACAGCUCGCUGAACCCCGCCAUCUACACCAUCUUCAACCAGGACUUCCGCCAGGCCUUCCAGAAGAUCCUGUGCCGCUCGUGGAAGAGGUCGUUCUAGAGCCCCCGAAAAACCCCGGAAGACGUCUUCGGAAGCAAACCGGAAGGAAGUCAUUCUAGAGCAAAAAAAAAAAAACCUGGAAUAAGUCAUUCUAGAGCCAGGAACUCUGGAAGAGGUCCUUCCAGAGCCCCGAAAACCCCUAGAAGUCGUCUUUCUAUAGCAUACCCGAAGGAAGUCAUUCUAGAGCAAAAAAAACUGGAAUACAUUAUUCUAGAGCCAAAAUUUGGAAUAGGUCGUUCUAGAUACGCAAACCUGGAAUACCUUAUUCUAGAGCUACAACUGGGAAGAAGUCACUCUAGAUCCAUGAACCUGGAAUAAAUUAUUAUAGACCCAGUACCUGGAAGAAGUCAUUCUAGAGCAAAAACCUGGAAUAUAUUAUACUAGAGCCAAAACCUGGAAGAAAUCAUUCUAGAACAAAAACCUGGAAGAAAUCCUCUAGAGCAAUGCCUACAUUUUUUUUAUUAUAAAUUAUUCCCACAGGUUAGCGGUGUCGUGAGAAUAAUCGCGUGGACACUUCGAAUAUGGUGAGUCGAAGUGGAGGGAAGGUCCUUUGCGUUCCCUUGGCCGCCGCUCUGUACGUACUCAACUACUGUGUCAUCAUCGUGUCGUUCCAUCAGUGCCAACAGACUGCGUCGCAGCGACAACUACCGGGCUUUGAUCUAUGUGCAUUAUGGCCUGAAGUAACGUUAUUUUUCUUCCACGUUCAAAAGACUUUCCAUUACCACGUGGCCUGGUUUGUUAUCCUUGUGUUGAGGCUGAAGGGCACUUUAGCCCAAACGUACCCCCUUCAGGUCCUGGCGCAAGAACAUUAAUGCACUCAAGGAGAGACACUAAGGAUAAACAAGGUUUGUGGCCAGGUCUGGUCUUAUCAGCUUGACUUCAAUAGGAUUACAAAAAAGGGAUUACAAAGAGUGAG